UUGAGCACAAGGUUAUUAACAUUAACUGCGGAUUUCACUGACCUUCGGUUAGCACAAGUUUGGACUAGUGGACAUUAAGUACCGUUAGUUUAGGUUGGUGGGGUGGCGGAAGCGUUUUUUAUUCAUCUCUCUCAAAAAUGAUUCCCUCUGUCCUAUCAAUUCGGGAAAGACACAGAGACUUAAAAUAUAUCUAAACAUACGCCAGACCAAAAAAUGUAGUUUUUUUUUUUUUUUUAUGCAAUUGCAUAGCAAGAAUUCUAAGGGCGGUGUAACAGGUUGCACACACUACUCGAACAUCAUUGCUCUACUCUGAAAAGUACCCGGAUGUCGAGGACGUCACUGGUUUUACAGUAUUCAAAAGCCAUCUUUGUUAGCUGCGGCAGAGGAGCGAAGAGUUGUUUUACUGUCUAGCAGGCGGCGUCAAACUAUCUAACAACAAGAGAUGUCAGCUCCAGCCCCCACACAAGGACCCUUCAGUGGGUCGGCCAAUCCAGAGACUGGGGGUCCCCCCCCACCCCCUAACACCACCAGCAACCGCCGGAUCCAGCAGUCGCAGGCCCAGGUGGACGAGGUGGUGGACGUGAUGAGAAUGAACAUGGAGAAGGUCAUGGAGAGAGACACAAAGCUUUCUGAGCUGGAUGACCGCGCUGAUGCUCUCCAAGCUGGGGCCUCCCAGUUCGAAACCAGUGCAGCCAAACUGAAGAGGAAGAACUGGUGGAAAAACUGUAAGAUGAUGAUCAUUCUUGGAGGGGUUUGUGCAAUCAUUCUAAUUGUCAUCAUCAUUUAUUUCUGCACCUAAAGAGGAGAGGAAGUGACAAUGAAGAAGACCCAUGUUUUCCAAGGACCCUACCUUUUCUACAUACUGACCUCUGCAUACCAGUCCCAUGGUUGUUUUUGUUUUGCUUGUAAAUAGUGUGAUCUGAUGGAGUAGCGUGGUGGUCAUCACUGUUACAUAAUGAGAAUUAAUCUGUUUCAACUGUACCAGCUAAAUACUGCCAAGUGUUCCCUUUUCUGCUUGUCUGUCAUGUGACAAGUAGCACUCCGGCAUACAGAAUCCUCCUCUCCAUUCUGUUUGCCAAGCAAAGAUAUUAAUGGCUACAUUUUUCCCAAAGGUGACAGAAAUAUUGCUUUGUAACCGGAGUAGAUCUGUGUCCCGUAAUGUCAUUUAAACUUUUCUAUUCCUGAUGUGAGUGGUUGUUUUUGUGUUUACAAGGACAGAGCAUUAAAAUAUUAAGGGGAAUUUAAACCUGUGUUUCAUGCUAACCAUAUAUAGGUUCUGUCUAAAGCCUUAAAGCAUGUGCCAAUAAAUAGUCUUUUGAGAUUGGGCCAGUACAAUCCAAUUAGUUAAGGAAAAUGCAAACUACUGUAAGUCAACAGUAUAUUUACAAAAUACCCUAUAUUGUAAAUUUGCUUGUUAUUUUUGCCAAACACAGUGCCAGAAAUUAGUGCCAAAUUGGAUCUUCAGUCAAGUUUAACAAACCAAGAUUUAAAUAGUUCCAUUAUGCAGAUUCCAAGUGCAUUAGCCGUUUCUAAUAGUGCGGUACGUUGAGUUUGGGAUUGAAAGUUGAUAAACUCACAGCGCACGCACUGUUCCAUACUGUAGAUUUCUGCCACAAGCAACAUUCUGCAUUCUAUUCUCUUGCAGCUGCGUCUCUGUAUUGUAAAAUAGUGCCACACUCUAGCUGUGCCUUGUGUUAGUCUCACAACAAGGCUUGACAUUGCAGCGACCUAUAUCUUAAACGCCGAGUGCAUUCACUAGUAGUACAUGUUUUUGUAAAUGUGGUGGUGUUGUGCCUUACACUUAUUGUUUAAUAAUAAAAACAUGGCUGUCCAGUAUGAGUACAGUCACAGGAACUGCAGUAUUAUUCACUGGGACUAUGGUAGCUUGCCUUUGUAAUCACCUGAGAUAUCUCUCUGACCCAAAACAGCAUGUCAAAGCACAAAUAUUUAAACAAUGAUUCAAAUCAUAGCCUUCCUUUACAAAACGAACCUAGCAACACUUCACUGAAAGUUACAGCAAUUGCAUGUAAAGAAAAUAUGAUGCAAGCUGAUGUUUACCCUCUAAAGGGUACCCUAAAAAGUUUGAACUAAACAACAAAGAGCAGGAUUUCUAAUCUAGUUUUCCAUAAGAAAAAAACUGACAUGUGCGUAAUUAUUUCCACAGUGUAGUUCCCAUUGACCGUAUUCUGCUGUCAGCUCAUUUGGCUAAAAGUCUUUUGAUACGUCUCACGCUUUUUAAAGCUUUCAUAAAUAUUCUUGUUAGCCACAAAAUGAAUCUUUUCUUCCUCUAUUGUGACCUUUCUGCGUUACCAGAGUUAAUUGCCUAUGUAUGUUAAGCACAAGUAGAAUAAUGAUACAUUAUAUUGAGAGUAUGCAAAAAAAUGAGCAUUCCAAGUUGUUUUCUAUUGAAUAAAAAUGGCUUUGCCUAAUUUGUGUCAUAAUGGAGCUUCUUACUUGUGAAGACCAGUGAUAUUGUGUACGUGCCCCUGCUGGAGGUCAGUUCAAGGUCAUUCCCGGUUCUGUAGUGUUAUGUUUGGGCAUUGCAUGGAAGUACUUUGUUUAUUUACUGGAUUUUUUAUUUUAUUUUUUAUGUUGCGAUGGUGAUCCUGUUUACAGAGUUUAAUGUGCAUAUUAAUGUGCAAAUAAAAGUUUUGUUACAAAACAAA